AUGGUUCACGUUGUCACUGAAGUCAAUGAAUUCAAAACCCUUUUGAAGGAAAACAAUUUAGUUAUUGUUGAUUUUUUCGCCACAUGGUGUGGUCCAUGUAAAAUGAUUGCUCCAUUAUUAGAUAAAUUUCAAAGUGAAUAUACUAAUAUUAAAUUUUUAAAAAUUGAUGUUGAUCAAUUGGGUUCAUUAGCUCAAGAAUAUAAUGUUAGUUCUAUGCCAACUUUGAUUUUAUUCAAAAAUGGUGAAGAAGUUAAUCGUGUCAUUGGUGCUAAUCCAGCUGCUAUUAAGCAAGCUUUAGCUUCUCUUGCUUAA